AUGGCGCGAUUGAAAGCAGGCGAGAACUCGGCGGGCUUGGAGAAGAGUCUGUUGUCCGUUUUCGAAGCCGCGCUCCUCCCGUUAGGCCCCAUCGACGAGGGCCGAAGGACGCCGGAAGCCGCCGCUGCCCAAAUCGAUCAGCUUUGCCCGUCGCUCGAGGCGCCUGAGGCCCUGGAACUUUUCAUCUGGACGCUUUGGGAGCUCUCGCUUACCGUGGUUCGUGCGGCGCCCUACGACGACCCCGCACUCGAGAGAAUGGUGGCCAUCCUUGAGAGUUUACGCCUCCGCGCAAGAGGGACUGUCUCGCUGUGGGGUAUGGAGUACCGCCUCUGGAGAGACCUUCCCCUCUUGGACGCAUGUAUCCGCGAAGCGUGGGUUGAUCCGGUGCAGGUGGUCGAAGACCUCGAUGACGAGGUCCCGAACGCCGACAUAUGGGCUGAAUGGAUCAGUCUCAACGCCUUCACCGCUCGUCUCAUGAAUAAUGGAGUUGUCCGAUGGACGGUCUUAGCAGUCAUAGAGAUCGGGGCUGCUCUGGAGCACGAUAUCGUCGACACCUAUGUCCGAGACUCUCGAUUGGUCGUUGUCCAGCAGUGGAUCAUGCUCUCGGGCAAAGAGAUCUUCAAGGAUGCUUUUCAAGCGAACAAGCUCGACGAAACAGAAAUUCGCGCGACAAACCCGGGGCCCCUUUAUACUGGUCCGCCCGGUUUGGUGAUGCAGAGAUGGCGAUUCUGGAUGAAGCGUCUCGAAGAGCUGGGGGAGGGCGCAAAAGGCAAGGUUGGCCUACAGGCAAGGGACGCUGCUGCUCACAUGAAAGACAUUACGGAGAAGGAUGGAAGAGCCAUCGCUCGCCGUCUGGGCGACAUUGAGGAACCACAGGCGGAGGCGGAGACGGAGACCAAGCAAGCUUGA